AUGUUUGCUGAUGAUAAUGUGAUACCAUUGGUUUAUUACAUUAUUGCCAGUAUAGUUGAUGUUAGUGGAGUAUUAUUCAAUAUAUUUACAUUGAUCUUUAUAUCUUUUACAAGUUUAGGAUCAAAAUCUUCUACCAUUCUAUUUCGUACACAAUGUGGUUUUGACGGAUUGGCUUGUUUUUUUGCAAUAAUUACAUUAUUUACGAGUGUGAAUAUUGGCGAUUAUAAUGGAUGGUUUGCUGAAUUUUUAUGUCACAUAUGGGUUUCUGAAUAUUGGAUCAAAUCAAUGGAAUUGUUGAAUGUGUCCAAUUUGAUGUGGAUAAGUAUUGAUCGAUUUUGUGCUGUUUAUUUGCAAAUAAAAUAUAAAGCUUUUCAAAAAUAUGAACUUUUCAUAUGUUAUACAUUCAUAUUAUGUCAUGCAAUUUUUACUCCAAUACCAUUUAUAUUCGCAGUCAAACAUGACAAUGAUACUUGUAAUACCAUUGAGUUAACCUAUAAUUCACAGUUUAAAAACUUUCUUGUUUAUAGUUGGCUUGUAUUCGCUUAUAUAAUCCCUUCAGUAGUAAUGAUUACUUGUUAUUCUCGAGUAUACUGCAUUAUCAAACGUUCAAUAGUACAAACUCAUGCUAAUAAUUCUUCAUCAUUUACAGCUGAAGGAAGUACACAGUUUGGGAAUACUUCAACAUUUUCACAAAUUAAAAUAUCAACAAAUAUGCCAACAUCAAAACCAUCUUCAUCUUUAAGACAAGUUCAAUCUGUUCUACUAAGUAUAACAAUGAUGUGUACUUUAUUUGUUUUAAGUCAUUCAUAUUAUCAAAUUUAUACAUUAUUAAGUUUAGCUGGUGCUAUACAAUAUCAAACUAUAUCAUUACAAAGACGUUUAUCAGUAUUUUUCACUGUCAUUAAUAGUUCUUUAAAUCCAAUCAUUUUGUUAUUAUCAAGUCAAAAAUUAAGAAGAAGAUUAUAUAAAUUUUUUCGAAAAUCUUUUUUGAAAAUGAAUUUUUCAAAAAAUACUAAUACAACAAUAAGUACAAUAGAUUCAACUACAAAAACUUCAGGAGAUUGA